AUGCCUGUGGCAAAAGACAAUCAAUUUUGGGAUGCUUUGAUGGAGAAUAAAGUGGCAAAGAAGUUGAUCAAAAAGCACAAAUGCAAAGCCAAGUGUGAGAAUAUUGAUGAGUUGGCAAAACGGUACGAAGUCUCGAAGCAAGAAGUUGAGAAGGUAAACAAGAGUUUCUUCAUGUCAGAAGAAGUCUUCAAAAUCUUCCAACUUAUGGAUGAUGAUGGAUCGGGAACUAUUUCAUCCUCGGAAGUAGCUAAAAUGCUCAAUGAGCUUGGCAUCGACGUCUCCCCAAAAGUCGUUCAAGCUGUGAUGAGAAGAGCGAUGUCAGUGGAGACGGUCAAAUUGACUUUGAGGAAUUUCUUGCAGCGGUUACUUCUAAAAUUAAGCACCGUGAAAGCUGAUGUGGAACUGAUGCUCUCGAAAAUUGACAAUAAUCCAGAGAAAGUGGUAAGUAUCACUGCCGAGGAGCUUGUUGUAGCUUGGAGCGAGACGGUUUCUACUAAUAUCACUGUCAAAGAAGCAUUCGCUCUGAUUCAGCAAGCGGAUACUCAAGGACGUGGAAAGGCGACAAUUCAUGAAUUCAUCACAAUGUGCCAGACUGUAUAA